ACAAACGUCAUUAAGUUAGCGGUAUUAUGGUAUCUAAAGUCAAUUUCUCAAAUUCCAAGCUUUUCUAUAGGAGGAGGCACAUUGAUAAUUACUUGCCGUUCUAUUUAUUGGAACUCUUACUACUACGAUUCACUACCCACCGAGGUAUACAUCCGGUACAGAUAUUUGAUCAAUAACUAGACGUCAACAGUGUAGUAUCUAGUAUCUCCACCCCACCUUAUGUAUUGUCUCCGCGCUCUACAUAGAAUCACCCUUCAACCAAAUCUAUUCCGUCCAGUUACGCAAGUAACGAGUGAGCGCAGUUUCAUUUCUAGAUCUAGUUAUCAUUACUUAGGAGUCGGGCACACUUUCGCAACUAUGGCGACGACUACGGAUACAAAGAACUAUAAGUUCAAUCACUCGAUGAUCCGAGUGAAGGACCCCAAGGCAUCUGUCAAAUUCUACGAGUUCCUCGGCAUGAGCCUGGUUAAGCACCUGCAAUUUCCGGAGGCCAAGUUCGACCUGUACUUCCUGGGGUACGACGGCGCCGGCGCGCUUUCUGGGGGAAACCAGACGUUCGACCGGCAGGGCCUGAUCGAGCUGACGCACAACUACGGCACCGAGGACGACCCGCACUACCGCGUCAACACCGGCAACGCCGAGCCCCACCGCGGCUUCGGCCACGUCUGCGUAGCCGUCGACCACAUCCAGGCCGCCUGCCAGCGCCUCGAGGACGCGGGCUACAAGUUCCAGAAGCGGUUGGCUGAUGGCCGCAUGAAGAGUAUUGCUUUCGCGCUGGAUCCGGAUGGGUACUGGGUUGAGAUUAUUAGUCGUAAGAGAGGGUCCAAGGGCGCGGAUGAUCCUGAGGAGCAGGGGGUGCAGACGGAUGUUUCGACGUAUCGGAUGAACCACACGAUGAUCCGCGUCAAGGACGCCGAGAAGUCGCUCAAGUUCUACCAGGAGGUGCUCGGCAUGUCGCUCUUCCGCACCAAUGAGCAGCCCGCCGGCAAGUUCAACCUGUACUUCCUGGGCUACGGGGCCCCGCCCCAAGACGGCUUCACGGCCGACUACGAGGGCCUGCUCGAGCUCACGUGGAACUACGGCACCGAGAAGGAUGAGGCCUUCAAGUACCACGACGGUAACUCGGAGCCCCAGGGUUUCGGGCAUAUUUGCGUCUCGGUCGAUAACAUCGAUGCGGCGUGCGCGCGGUUCGAGGGCCUCAACGUCAACUGGAAGAAGCGGCUUACGGACGGGCGCAUGAAGAAUGUCGCCUUCGUGCUGGACCCUGAUGGCUACUGGGUCGAGAUUGUGCAGAAUGAGCGGUUCUCUGGGAAGGAAAACUUUUAAAUAUGCUGAUGUUGUUAUUUAUGUCGCGGGUCCACGAGGGAUGCAUUUACGAGCUUAUCAAAUAUGGCUUUGGUGAUGGUUGGUAGAGGCUGAGUACCUACCUAGAAGUAAGGGAUGUAGGUAAAGGUGCCUUACUAGGUAGACAGACGGAUAUAUCAAGAGCAGCAUUGAAAGUCUUGCCGAGGCUGAGGUAUUGCUAUUACUUCCUUACCAUGAACACUAGCGCUUUUGGUUGCUUAGUAUUAUACCUACCUACAUGAAUAGAGACUCACAUGCCCAGGUA